AUGAUUAUGUCAAAUAAUUUAAGCACCGCUGAUCUCGAUGUAAUCGUGGUUGGUGGUGGAUUUGGAGGUUGUUACCUAUUACGAAACCUUCGCAAGCAGGGAUUCAAAGUAAAGGUCUUUGAAGAAGGCGAAGGUCUGGGCGGAGUAUGGUGGCAUAACCGCUACCCUGGUGCUCGCGUCGAUACCAGCGCGCCUUACUACGAAUUCUCGGCGCCGGAACUUUGGGACGACUGGGUUUGGAGGGAAGCUUACCCAAGUCAAGCCGAACUGGUGGAGUAUUUCCAGUACGUUGACCGGAAAUGGGAUCUUAGUAAAGACAUCGACUUCGGCACAAGAGUGACGAAAGCAACAUUCGAUGAGAGUUCCGAUCAAUGGAUAGUCAAUACGAAUCGAGGAGAUACCGCAAUUGCUAGAUUUCUACUUCUUUCCACCGGGUUCGCGGCAAAGACAUAUACUCCACACCUCGAGGGGCUGGAAAAAUUCCAGGGCUUCAAACUUCACACUGCUAAAUGGCCAAAAGAGGACAUCGAUUUCAGGGGAAAGCGAGUUGGCGUGAUUGGAACAGGAGCCAGUGGUGUUCAGGUGAUCCAAGAACUUGGCCCCAUUGCUGGAGAACUUGUUGUCCUACAGAGAAGCAUCAAUUGUGCUCUACCCAUGGGCCAACAACUUCUCAGCAGGGACCUGGAAAUGGCCAAGAAGUCAGGCUAUGCGGAAAUCUUUCGACAGAUGAAACUAUCGCACGCCGGUUUUGACUACAGCCCCGUGCCGAGGAGAGCAAAGGAUGAUGACCCAGCGACCCGCACCGCAUUUUUCGAGGAACUAUGGGCCAAAGCUGGAUUUGCACCAUCGCAAGGGAAUUACCAUGAUCUGAUGACAGACGUCGACACCAAUACCCUCUUUUACAACUUCUGGCGCGACAAGGUGCGAAAAAGAAUUACAAAGAAUGAUCCGGAGUUGAUCGAGAACCUCGCCCCUGAGUUGCCUCCUGUGCCUUUCGGAACCAAAAGACCGUCCCUCGAGCAAAGAUAUUUCGAAGUGUUCAAUCAAGACAAUGUCAAGUUAGUCAACCUUCAAAAGAAUCCAAUAGUACAGGUUACGAAAAAUGGUGUUGACAUGCGAGAUGGCACUUCUAUUGAACUGGAUGCUUUGAUCCUUGCAACUGGUUUUGAUGCCAUUACCGGGAGCUUUUCUCGUAUUGACAUCCAAGGGGUUGGUGGACAACCUCUUCGCAAAAAAUGGAGCAGUGGUACUAGGACGUCGCUUGGCAUGAGUACUUCGGGAUUUCCAAACAUGUUUUUCUUAUACGGUCCUCAAAGUCCAACGGCUUUCGCUGUUGGGCCCGUGAUUUCCGAAAUCCAGAGUGAUUGGAUUAUCAAGACUUUGGUGGAGCUGAGGACGAAAAGGCUGACGAGAAUUGAUGCCAAACCAGAGUCUGAGUAUGAAUGGACCAAACGCGUUGCUGAUGAUACAAAUAAAACUCUUCUACCACGCAAUACGACUUCAUGGUACAUGGCAGCGAAUGUGCCAGGAAAACCGAGAGAAUCUCUAAACUUUGUAGCAGGUUUACCUGCGUAUCAAAAGGCUUUGAGGGACUGUACUGAAAGCGGGUUGUCUUCGUAUAAUUUGCAGUAG